AUGCCGACUCUCAACCCUAUCGAGUUGAACAUUGUCCUUGCGGUGCUUGGUGCUUUCACCAUCAUCUACGGACUGUUUUCUGUUCUCAUCAAGCAGAAAUGGUAUCUCGGCGAGGCUCUCCCGGCCAUGUUGGUUGGCAUCGCGCUUGGACCGGUGGCGGCCAAACUGCUGGACAACACGCGCUGGGGCCCCGGCUCGCUGAGUGAGCAGGACAAGAGCGAGAUUACGCUCGGGUUCAUGAGGGUCAUGAUCUCGGUGCAGCUGGUCAUCGCGGGCUACCAGCUCCCGGCCAAGUACGUGCUCACCAAGUGGAAGGACAUGGCCAUGCUCCUGCUGCCGACCAUGGCUAUCUCUUGGCUGUGCACCACGGCGUGCCUGAUGGCCACGAUCCCCAAGCUCACGCUGCUGGCCAGCCUCGUGAUCGGGGCCUGCCUCACGGCGACGGAUCCCGUGCUCAGCCAGGCCGUGGCCAAGGGCCCCUUUGCCGACAAGUACGUGUCGCGACCGCUGCGUGAGAUCAUCAGCGCCGAGGCCGGCGCCAACGACGGCUUCGGCUUCCCCUUCCUGAUGCUGGCCACCUACCUGAUGCGCAACACCGAGUUCCCGGGCCUGGUGCUGACGCCGUCCGAGGCCGCGCACAGGCUGCUGAGGCGCGCGGGCGACAUUGGCCGGCUCGACGGCGGCAUCGGGGCCGCCAUGAGGGACUGGCUGCUCGAGACGUGGCUGUACACGAUCCUCCUGUCGGCCGUCUACGGGGCCGUGGUCGGGUACGGCGGCUGCCGGGUCAUCAAGGUCUGCCUGCGCAGGAGGUGGGUGGACGGCGAGAGCUACCUCCUGUUCCCCGUGGCCAUGGCCAUGUUCAUCAUCGGCACGGCCGGCACGCUCGGCACCAACGACCUGCUGGCCUGCGUCUGCGCCGGCAUCGGCCUCAACUGGGACGGCGAGUACCUGGCCGAGACCGAGGAGCGCCACGACGAGGUCAACUCGUGCAUCGACGUCCUGCUCAACUUCACCGGCUUCAUGUACGUCGGCGUCAUCAUGCCCUGGUCCAAGUUCCACGACCCGGACGGAACGGGCAUCACCGUCCCGCGCCUCAUCGGCCUCAGCUUCAUGGUGCUGCUGUUGCGCCGCAUCCCGGCCAUCUUUGCCACGUACAAGGCCAUGCCGAGCUGCGUGUCUGGAUGGAAGGAGGCGCUGUUUAUGGGCUACUUCGGCCCCAUCGGAGUCGGCGCAGUCUUCUACGUCGAGCACACCAAGCACCUCUUCCCCAAGGUGGGCGAGACGGGCGACGUGGCCAGCGACGACAUGCUCAAGGCGCUGGUGCCGUCCGUGUACUUCCUGGUGCUCUUCUCCAUCGUGGUGCACGGGCUGUCCAUCCCGGCGCUCGACUUCCUGUACCGCUUCUACGGCGUGCGGCCCAUCACCGACGACGCGGUGCAGCUGCGCCGCAAGUCGGCCGCCGUGGCCCCGCCCGCCAACGCCCGCGUCGACAGCGCCGAGCCCGACUACUUUGUCGCCUACAACCGCUUCAGCCGGCCCGUGCUCCCGCAGGACGCCGCCAACGCCGCCGCCGCCGUGCGCUACAACCGCCGCACUGUGCUGUUCAACGGCCAGCGCGUCGACGGGCUCCCCAUCGCGAACAACGGCUACCCGCAUCAGCGGCGGCAGCAGCAGCAACAGCAGCCCGAAACUGUCAUGUUUGCUCCGGCCGACGUGCCCAAGACGCCCGUCGACGAGAGGGCCCGUCAGAACUGGGAGGAGGACGUCGAUCCCAUCGAGGAGGAGAAGAUCCGCGCCCGUCUUCGGGCUACCAGCUUGCAGAAGCUGGGCUGA